AUGGGCCUCAAACAGCAAACUGCAAGUGAUAGUGAAACAUUCGAGCAAAUGUACAAUACUGCAUGUCAGCUCAUCGAGGCGGGUAAUUAUGAGACGGCGCUAACAAUGCUCGACAAAGCAAUUAGCUCUUGCCGAAACACUCUGAGCGAGGAGGGCUUGGACGAAGAAGAGAUAGAAGAUGAGCUAGCGAUGCUCCGUGUUCAGCGCGCCUUUGUCUUGCAUAAACUGGGAAGAAAGCAAGAGGCUAUCGAUAUAUACAGGGCACUCCAAGCUGCUGGGCCUUCUGACGUGAGUGUUAUGGUGACUGUUGCAAAUAACAUGGCAAGCGCAAUGAAAGACCAAAGUCUUGCUGAUUCUCGAAAGAAACUGAAAACCGCUCUGCAGUUGGACCAGAAGAAGCUAUCCACACGACAGCGCCGAACGCUAAUGUUGAACAAUGCUCUUGUGCUGCUUCAUUCGAACCAAAGGGAGCCAUGUCGACGUGUGUUGGACGAUCUGGUCAAUGUUUUCGGUGCUUCGCGAGAUACACGGCUCAUCGAAGCUGCUCUGUGUUUCAGACUGAAUGAGUUUGAGAAAGCGAUCAAGAUGCUUGAAAAUGGAGAUCUUCAAAUGGAAAUGACACGCAUUCAUCUCAUGAUAAAUAGCGGUCGACUCGACGAGGCAAUCACUGCAUUGAACAAAAUUCCGCCAAAAGUUCGCCUGCAGUCUGCUGUUGUCAGUCUUGCAGUUAGUUUACUGGUGUCACUUGAAAGAAAGGAUGAAGCUCUGAAGAUGCUGAACGAAGCAAUGGAGCAUACGAAGGAUCAGGAAGUACGAAAGGAGAUGCUCAGCCAAGCGGCUAUGCUUGAGUCUUCCAGGGGAAAUGCGGCUGCCGCAGCCAAAUAUCUUGAAAAACUUGCUGAAUUCGAUCCGAACGACGUCAAGGUGCUUUGUCGAUUAAUACGCGCCUAUACUGAUUCGGAUCCUAAAAAGGCCGAGCAACUGAGUGCUCAGGUG